AUUCCAAAAAAAAUUGUGUCAGACUUAACGCUGAAUAAUUCAUGAUCUGUUCGAGAUUAAGGCGAGAAAUUUGCAUUGUCGUGCGACAAAACAUGUAAUCUAAUUCACGUUCAUUUGCAUCAAAGUACCAAAGCGUAAUUGCGUAGCGUGUCCGAUGUGCAGGUUGCACUUCAUGUGGAUUUCUUCGAUCGGACCAAAAAAAUGUGAUUCUAUCAAAAAUUGGUUCAAUAUCUGCAACACGGUCUGACCAUCCAUCAGGAAAUAUUCUUAAUAGGCCACCACUUUCACUCACAUCCCAAUCAACGUUCAAAUAAUAAAUGCAUGUUAUACAUCGGCCGUCUCUAUUCGGAUUAUCAACGUGCUUAACAUAAUGUGAACCUUUACCUUCAUAACAAGCAACCAUCGCCUGAAAAGAGAAAGAACAAAAACUGUUUUUAUUAUAUCGAACUUGUGCGAUAAAUUGCACGUAGACCUCUUUUUGUUUCGUUUUACGUUAGUUUUUAUAUUUCAUUUAUCCGUUGCCUUAUCUUAUUAUUUUUU